AAAAACACAUCAUUAUCCUUCCUAGUUACCGUUACAACGGACAAACCGACUCAUAACAAAAACUCUUCUUCUUCAUCCCUUUCUUCAACCCAAAAAAUUACCAAAAACUCCUCAAUUCAGCUCCAAAAAUGGCAACACUAGCACCUGGAAUUCUCAUAAAGCUACUAAACGCCAUAAACACUGGCGUUAAACCAACAAGCGAACACCGCAACUCACUCUUACAAGUCACCGACAUCGUCCCCGCCGAUCUCGACGAAAAGAGUCUCAUUCCAAAACAAGGAUUUUACAUCAAAGUAUCCGAUUCGUCGCAUUCUAUUUACGUCACUCUUCCCUCCGAUCAACACGAUUUUGUACUCAGUAAUAAAAUGCAAUUAGGUCAAUUCAUUUAUGUUGAUAGAUUAGAACCUGGUUCACCUGUUCCUGUUCUUAAAGGUGCUAAACCUUUACCAGGUAGACACCCUUUUGUUGGUACACCUGAGCCUUUAUUGGGCCUUAGAGAUAAAGCCCAGGCCCAGGCCCAACAGUUUAAGCCCAGUUCUGUUUCUAAAAGAGGUUCUUGGGGAACAGGGAAGAAGAAGAAGUUUAAUGAUAAUGAUGACGGUGAUGGUGGUGAUUUUUUUGAUUCUUCUCCUAUGGUUUUCAAGCCGGUUAAUUUGGAUUUUGAUCAGUGUACACCUAUUAGAGGGAGGAAUAAUGGUAUUGGAAAAGAAAGGACUCCUGUUAGAUGUUCUGUUGGUGGAGGGCUUUUUGGUAAAAUGAGUGAUGUUAGAGGUGAAAGUCCUGCGUUGCUUAGGAAAAGCUGUGUUGUUAGUUCUUCUAAUUCGAAGAUUACAAGAAGCAGGAGUGUUUCUGAUAGAGAGAAUAGGAUUCCUAUCACCCCCUUCAAGUCAGCUCAGGAAAAGAAAGGCGGUACUCCACCGCCGCAGCUGAGACAUGCAAGAGUGGCGAAUUCUGGAAGUGUAAUUGGGGGAGGAGAUGCUCACAAAGAGGAUUCAAGUGUCAUCUCUCAACAGAAAUCUCAGUCUACUACUAAUUCAGCUUUUGAUGAUUGCAACAAUCUUAGCCUUCCAAUGAAUUUACCAGCAAAGUUGAGCUCAUUGGGGAAGGAAGCUGUGCAGCAAAGAGAAGUGGCUCAAAAGAUUGCCCUUCAAGCAUUAAGAGAUGCUUCAGCCACCGAGACAGUAGUUCGAUCCCUUAAGAUGUUCUCAAAUUUGUCCAAAUUGGCUCGAGCUGAUGCACCUGCUACCUGUUUCGAAAGGUUUUUGGAAUUCCAUAAUGAUAUUGUACAAGCAGUUAGUGCAAUGAUGUCAAUGCAAGCAGCUACUUCAGCUUCAGAAUUGGCUUCAAAAUCAGACAAACUAGCUGAAGAAGAACAACCACAGGUUUUACACGAAGUUAUGCAAAACUCCAUGGACCAAUCAGAAAACUCAGAAUCAAACAUAUCGAAAAGAAGGUGUCCUUCUUAUAAAGCGAAAAUGGGAAAACUUAUGAGGUCAUCAAGUACAAACCAAAAGGAAGUUUCGGAGAAGAAAAAUUCUAACCUGGAACCUAUUGUUGAAAACGAUGAGAAUAAGAAACCGGUUUCUUGCAGCUUAAGCAACACAAUCAAGCUGGGAAAACAGAUUGAAACAGAAGCUGGAAAUUGGUUUAUGGAGUUCAUUGAGAAGGCAUUAGAAGCGGGGUUGAAGAAAACAAAGGAAGCGUCAAUUGGAGAUGUUCGUAAAGUUCCUCAGUCUCUCAUACUUAAAGUUAUGAACUGGGUUGAGGUAGAACAAUACCAUAGUAACAAGAGGCCUAGUCAUCCUAAAGCAGCUCAGAUUGCUCGGAAGUUAAGAAUAAAGAUUAAGAAUCCUUGAUACUUUUGUUCAAAUGGUGAUGAAUCUGUUUCAAGUUGUGUGUGUGUUGUGUUUGGAAUAGUUGUGAGAAAUUAAUCAAAAUAAUUGUCUCUGGCCUAAAUGUCAUUAGCCACUUCGAGUGUUUCAAAGUUGCUUUUAUUUGUAAUAUUCAAUUUAUACAUGUAUUGUUUUGGUUGAAAUUGAAAAAUGAGCAGCCAUAUUCAUAUUCAUA